CUUGACAAAAUGUAAGAAUUUUAAUUUCACUUAUAAAACGUAUAGGAGCCAGUUUAUUCAUAUUCCUCUAAAAUAAAUAUAUCUUAAUCAUAUAAACAGCCCGAUGAAUGGCAUUGAAGAGUUGGCCCAAAAUGAUGCAGGAGCUAAACAGAGAUGAAAAUGGAGGAUUUAUUUGCAAGUUUACUGGGAAAUGAUGCUGCUUAAAGAGUGAAGGCGUCCUCUCCGGCCGUCUGGAGCAGCAGGGCAGAGUGCAGAUGUGCAGCAGCAACAUGAAUGAGGAUGACAUCAUCCACAGGUGUCAGUUACCAUAGCAACAGGGAUGGCCACAGCUGCUAGCCAGCAAAUCCAGCCCUUCAAAUGAAGAGCCUUCAGUUCCGUAGCAUCGCCCCCAAGGCCUCGGUCCUUGUGCCUUCCCCGGCGGCCUCUGCCGUCCUCUCCUGCCAGCCUCCCCCUGCCCUCCCUGAAGCUACCGGAGGCUCUGGCCCUCAAUCCAUCGUGGUGCCCGCCCAAAACUAUGCACUGAUGCGAAUAGCUGGUCAGGAUGGCACCUUCUCUCUGGUGGCGCUGCCCCCUUCUGUCUCAUCUCAGACACCACAGCAACCUCAACAUAGCCAGUCGGUUCAGAAGAAUCUCAAGCUGCCCAUUCCCAGAUACAAGCCAGUGAGGAGAGCUGGGACCACAGACAAGGUGAGGCCACCGCCCAUAACUGCAAGGGGGGACACUGCCUCAAGGCUUGCUGAGGCAUCGCCUGCGAGUGGAACCUCAUCGUUGUUGAAGACAAAGAAACGGGAGUGCAAGGUGACUCCAAAGGAGGAAGUCUCGGAGAAAGUCCUUGUCCUUGACCACGCCCGCUCUGACUUAUCCGUCACUGCGGUGCUACCGGACAACGCCGUCCUGUACUCGGGGUCGCAGUUGGAGCCAGAGAACGCCGAGCAUCCUGCUACAUUAAUUAUUCCAAGUCCGACAACUGCACUCAAAGUGUCUCCAGGAAAGCCUCAGGACCAAAGUGGCUCGAUGAUGCGAAUGUGUCAGUCCAAGGCUCCUGCAGCUCAGCCUCCAAAAAGCAUUGCCGUUCUAUCUCCAGCCAUCUUCAGCAAAGCGUUGCAAAUCAUCCCGUCUCCUCCUAAAGGUAAACUGCCCAUCCUCCCUUACUCCAAAGCAAAGACUACUCUCAUUCCAACGGCCAAGCUCAACCUCUCCCAAGACAAGGAUUUAUUAAACCAGGCUGGUCCGAGGAGCCCCAAAGAUCCAACAUCUGAGGCCUCAUCUCCGCGAGCUCAAACCAAGAGCUCACUUGUGUCGGGAACGUUCCAGAAGCUGCCGGGAAAGAAGAGAGGACGCAAGAGAAAGACCGCGGAAGACUUGGCAUAUGAGGCCCGGAAGAAGAGGUCUUUGUCCUUCUUCCGUAGGAGGGUACCUGAAAAACCACCACUCGUUGUUUCAAGUUCCAAGCAAGAAUUAGAGAUUUCAAAGAAGUACCGCACCAUCCGACCCAAACCAGUGUUGCUGAUGGAGACCGUGCCCCAGCUAGUUAGUUUACCCGCUAGUUCCUUGGACGGUCAAGAAGUUGAGCUGGUACAAACUCCCAAAGCGACCAAGGACUUGGAUUGUCCUCCCCAACAACACCCGGUCACCUUGCAGCUGAAAGGAGCCUACCAUCCCAGAGUCCUUGUGGCCGGCCGCACGCUUCAUCGUUGUUCCACCUGCAGCUGCUGCUUCCAGUUCAAGCACCACCUGCAGACCCACAUGAACACUCACUCCAGCACCCGGCCGUACGUCUGCCCCGUGUGCCGCAAGGCGUACGCCCAUUCCGCCAGCCUGAGCACACACAUGAAGCUCCAGCAUUCUGAGGCCCGACCGCGCCGGUCUCUGUGCUGCGAGUUCUGCGAAAAGUCCUUUGGCUACGUGGGCGUGUACUUCAGUCAUCUGCGCGAGGUGCACAAGGUCUUGCUCACGGUGGAGCCGUCUAUCAGACAUCACGAGGACCACGCGGCCGUGGAGGGGGACAACUCGGAGACGUCGGACGAGGACCGCGAAGAACCGGUGGAGCUGCAGAUCAAAUGCGGCCGCUGCCAGGUGGUCACCCCCACUUUUGCUGACAUGAAGAUGCACCUCCUGUACGUCCACGGCGAGGAGGUCCUGAUCCGACUUCAAGAGGGGCAACCCACGCCGGGCGGCCUGGAGCCGGAGAAGGAGCUGGUCAAACGCGCCGCGCACUACUGGCGGCAGCUCAACGAGAAGAAGUGCAACCUGGUCAAAUGCGGCAGCUGCGACGAGGAGUUCUUCUCCUUCGCCAAACUGAAGAGGCACAUCGUCUUCCAGCACCGCGGGACCGGAGGCGACGACGGCGGCGUCAAAGGCUUCCGGAUGCUGGCGGGAGCUUCCGCCUUCAACUGCGUGCUGUGCAGCCAGGUGUUGGACUGCAAGGACCAGGUUCUGGAGCACUGGAGGCGGCACCAUCACUGCGAGCAGCCCGGCCUGCUGUGGGCCGCCCUCAGCUCCUUCUGCGGCCUGGAAGACGAGGACGCCUACGAGGAUCUGGACUCGGCUUUGAGUCCGCACGAACCUUCUCCGUCCUCGCUAUGAACCCAACUCAUUUCUUGCUUUUUCCCCUCACCAGAAAGUGAAAAAUCACUUUUAGUGAAGUCUGAAAAUAUAAAUUAGUUUUCUCUUCAUUUGGUUGUUUUUAAUUUAAGGCUUAUUUAAAUAUCGUUCAAUAAUUUAAAUUCUCACGUCAUUAAUUAUUGUGGAUGUGAUCUACUAUUGACCUUUAAUCCACUUGAUUAUAUUCAUCGUUGAUUUGAUCGAGCCUUUUCGCAGACUGCAAGGAUCAAACCACAGAAAUCUGAAUUAUUUUGAAAGAAAUUCAGUGCACAAUUUUGAAUUUGUUUAGGAUUUUAUGUCAAAUGGAUACAAAUAUAUAUUUACUGUACAUACACUAAUAUUGGCUUGAAUGUCUCUGGAAUUAGUCUGCAAAAAGAAUAUUUGAAAAAGUUGAUGACCCAGGAUGACGACAUCUUACCAAUACUCUCGUGUCCUAAAUGUACACAAACCUUCUUUUCAUACUUGGCCCAACUAAAAGUCAAAUGUAAAAAUAGCCCCUGUUACAUUAUGUAAACAAAAAUACAAUUAUUUAAUUAAAUAUAAUUAAAUCAUUCCAAUUAAUUAUUUGAUUGAAUAAUUAGAUAGAUAAUUGAAUACAUUUUUUUAAUUUAAUUGACUAACUGAA